GAGGCGGCGGCAGCGGCGCGUGUGUAGCGGUGGCGGGCGGGAGCGCGGAGGAGGUGGAAAGAAGGGGGGGCGCUGUCACGGAGACCCCGUCGCAGCGAGGCCCACUAGGCUUCCCGGCCGCGGGGCGUAUGCUUCGCCGACCCGGGGCUCCAGGGGGACCCACCGGGCGGAGGAGGGGGCCUCUCUACCCUUCCGCAUUUUCCUGGGUCUCUCUCCCGGGCGGUGACGUGACGUGCUGACGGCGGGCCCGUGCCGGGGAGCUGGGCCGCUUUUUGUCAGCUCCGAGCUCGGCCCCUCCUCCCUCCCUCCGCCCGCCCCACCAGCCGGAGCCCGGCCCAGUGCUCCAGAGAAAGGCCGGCCUGCAGUACCCGCCACCGUCGCCGCCCGCCCGCACGCCCGUCCGCACUGCCAGUAACUUGCCUAUGUUAUUAAGAUUUUCAAAUAGUUCAUUUCUUUUAAAAAUAUAUUUUUUUGUUGAUUUCAGAGAGAGGAAGGGAGAGAGAGAAACAUCAAUGAUGAGAGAGUCUCUUUGAUCGGCUGCCUUCAGCAUUACCCUCACCCCCAUUGGGGAUCGAGCCUGCAACCCAGGCAUGUGUCCUGACGAGAAUCGAACCCUGACUUCCUGGUUCGUGGGUUGACAGCCACACCGGCCGGGCUCAAAUAGUUCUUAUUGACCCUUUGUGUUUCUGCUCAUUUGGAGCUGUGACUGAUGAAAAUUAAAGGCCAUGGAUGAAGAUGGACUUGAAUUACAACCACAAGAGCCAAAUUCAUUUUUUGCUGCAACAGGAACUGAUGCUGCACACAUGGAUGGUGAUCAAAUUGUUGUGGAAGUUCAAGAAACCGUUUUUGUUUCAGAUGUUGUGGAUUCAGACAUAACUGUGCAUAACUUUGUUCCUGAUGACCCAGACUCAGUUGUAAUCCAAGAUGUUAUCGAGGACGUUGUCAUAGAAGAUGUUCAGUGCCCAGAUAUCAUGGAAGAAGCAGAUGUAUCGGAAACGGUCAUCAUUCCUGAGCAAGUGCUGGACUCAGAUGUAACUGAAGAAGUUUCUUUAGAACAUUGCACAGUCCCAGAUGAUGUUUUAGCUUCCGAUAUUACUUCAUCAAUGUCUAUACCAGAACACGUCUUGACAAGUGAAUCUAUACAUGUGUCUGACGUUGGACACGUUGAACAUGUGGUUCAUGAUAGUGUAGUUGAGGCAGAAAUUGUCACUGAUCCUCUGACAACAGAUGUAGUUUCAGAAGAAGUAUUGGUAGCAGAUUGUGCCUCGGAAGCAGUCAUAGAUGCCAAUGGGAUCCCCGUGGACCAGCAAGAUGAUGACAAGAACAACUGUGAGGACUACCUUAUGAUUUCCUUGGAUGAUGCUGGCAAAAUAGAACAUGGUGGUUCCUCUGGAAUGGCAGAGUCGGAAAUUGAUCCUUGUAAAGUGGAUGGUUCUUGCCCUGAAGUCAUCAAGGUGUACAUUUUUAAAGCUGACCCUGGAGAGGAUGACUUAGGUGGCACCGUAGACAUUGUGGAGAGUGAGCCUGAAAAUGACCAUGGAGUUGAACUACUUGAUCAGAAUAGCAGUAUUCGUGUGCCAAGGGAAAAGAUGGUUUAUAUGACUGUCAAUGACUCUCAGCAAGAAGAUGAAGAUCUAAAUGUUGCUGAAAUUGCUGAUGAAGUGUAUAUGGAAGUGAUCGUAGGAGAAGAGGAUGCCGCUGCAGCAGCCGCAGCAGCCGCCGCACACGAACAGCAAAUCGAUGACAAUGAAAUCAAAACCUUCAUGCCAAUAGCGUGGGCAGCAGCUUACGGUAAUAAUUCUGAUGGAAUUGAAAACCGGAAUGGCACUGCAAGUGCCCUCUUGCACAUAGAUGAGUCUGCUGGGCUCGGCAGACUGGCUAAACAAAAACCAAAGAAAAGGAGAAGACCUGAUUCCAGGCAGUACCAAACAGCAAUAAUAAUUGGCCCUGAUGGACAUCCCAUAACUGUCUAUCCUUGCAUGAUUUGUGGGAAAAAGUUUAAGUCCAGAGGUUUUUUGAAAAGGCACAUGAAAAACCAUCCUGAACACCUUGCCAAGAAGAAGUACCGCUGUACUGACUGUGAUUACACUACCAACAAGAAGAUAAGUUUACACAACCACCUGGAGAGCCACAAGCUGACCAGCAAGACAGAGAAGGCCAUCGAAUGCGAUGAAUGUGGGAAGCAUUUCUCUCACGCUGGGGCUUUGUUUACUCACAAAAUGGUGCAUAAGGAAAAAGGAGCCAACAAAAUGUACAAGUGUAAAUUUUGUGAAUAUGAAACAGCUGAACAAGGGUUAUUGAAUCGCCACCUUUUGGCGGUCCACAGCAAGAACUUUCCUCAUAUCUGCGUGGAGUGCGGUAAAGGUUUUCGUCACCCCUCAGAGCUCAAAAAGCACAUGCGCAUCCAUACCGGGGAGAAGCCGUACCAAUGCCAGUACUGCGAAUACAGGUCUGCAGACUCUUCUAACUUGAAAACGCACGUUAAAACUAAGCAUAGUAAAGAGAUGCCAUUCAAGUGUGACAUUUGUCUUCUGACUUUCUCAGAUACCAAAGAGGUGCAGCAACAUGCUCUUAUUCACCAAGAAAGCAAAACACACCAGUGUUUGCAUUGCGACCACAAGAGUUCAAACUCGAGUGAUUUGAAACGACACAUAAUUUCAGUUCACACGAAGGACUACCCCCAUAAGUGUGACAUGUGUGAUAAAGGCUUUCAUAGGCCCUCAGAACUUAAGAAACACGUGGCUGCCCACAAGGGUAAAAAAAUGCACCAGUGUAGACAUUGUGACUUUAAGAUUGCAGAUCCAUUUGUUCUAAGUCGCCAUAUUCUCUCGGUUCACACAAAAGAUCUUCCGUUUAGGUGCAAGAGAUGUAGAAAGGGAUUUAGGCAGCAGAAUGAGCUUAAAAAGCAUAUGAAGACACACAGUGGCAGGAAGGUGUAUCAGUGUGAGUACUGUGAGUAUAGCACUACAGAUGCCUCAGGCUUUAAACGGCAUGUUAUUUCCAUUCAUACAAAAGACUACCCUCACCGUUGUGAGUACUGCAAGAAAGGGUUCCGAAGACCUUCGGAAAAGAACCAGCACAUAAUGCGGCAUCAUAAAGAAGUGGGCCUGCCCUAAUAAUACUUCUACGGACGUUUGUGGAGAUGCUGGCCUUGAAGCAGAAAAUUCAUUUUAAAGCCAAUCAGUCUUGUUCACAUACAAUACUGUAUAUUGAUUUAUUCUGUGUACAAAUAGAAUAUUGCUUGUAGUUGACUUUUUUUUUUUUUAACAUUUUGUUCAGUAGUGUGUUCUGAAUUCUAUUCAGUUUGUUUAAUUAAUGGGGAAAAGCAGCAACAAGCAAGUUGCUUUUAAUGAAGUAAUCCUUGCUUCUAUACUGAAAUUUUCUAUUAGUUUUAUAUUUAUUUAAAUAUUUACCUUGCUUAUUAUCUUGAUGGUACUCUUCUAAGACCAUUUAACAUAAAGCUAGGGUAACUUUAGAUUGAGUCAACAUGAUCACUUUCAGAGUAACUAUCUUCCCCC